AUGAAGCACCUUUUCCUGUUCAUCACCUGCUUCGUAUGUUACACAUGUGCGGUUGAAGUCGGCACCACGAAUGGAGUGGUAAGCGGUGUUCAGCUGCUCACUGGAGACCAAAAAGUCAAUGUGUGGAGAGUAAGUCGUUUUUUUUUGAUUUUUUUGCGGGAAAAAUGUUUUUCAAGCAAAGUUUGAAUUUUGCACAGUGCAAAAACAAAAAAAUCUCGAUUGCACGGUGCGAAAUAAAAAUCUGACUGGAAGUAAAACUGCGACACAUAAAAUGAUGCACAGUGCGUAUGCAGCGACAUUUCGCACGGUGCGAAAUUGAAAACUGGCCGCACAGUGCGGCAAUUUUGAAACUGCACUGUGCAGUCGAAAGAAAUGAAAUGCUUUGAAGUGAAAAUAUUGUAUUUACGAAAAAAAACCGAUUCUAGUAUGUUGCCAGAGGCAGUUGACAACUUUCCUUAAAUUUUUUUCCCUUUUGGUCGCACUGUGCAUCAAGAAAUUCGCUUGAAUUUAAACUGCACGGUGCGAAAACAAAAAAUUUUUGAUUGCACGGUGCGAAAUAAAAAAUUGAUUGCAGAUAAAAUUGCGACGAGUAAAAUGACGCACCGUGCGUAUACAGCGACAUUUCGCACUGUGCGAAAUUGAAAACUGGCCGCACAGUGCGGCAAUUUUGAAACUGCACUGUGCAGUCCAAAGAGUGUGAAAUAUUUUGAAAUGAAAAUAUCGUAUCUACUAAAAAAGAAGUUUAUGAUAUUGCCAGAGGCAGUUGACAACUUCCCUUAAAAUUUUUUUCCUUUUGGUCGCACUGUGCAUCAAGAAAUUUGCAUAAAAUUAAACUGCACCGUGCGAAAUGCAAACUUUUGAUUGCACAGUGCGGAAAAAAGAUAAAUACUAAAAGUAAAUAGAAUUUUUGGGCCUUCUAGACAACAUUUUUUCAGGGUGUCCCUUAUGCAAACCCACCGACCAACGAACAACGGUUUCACUACGCGGUGGCCAAGGACGCCUGGACUGGCCGUUAUAAUGCGACUUUUUAUCGUCCAAACUGCUACCCCGGCUAUUCAUUGGACAACGUUGCCACCAGUUACAGCGAGGACUGCCUGUACAUAAAUAUUUUUGCAGAUAAUCGAUGUUUGGUAAAAAAAAUUUUUUGAUUUUUCCCAAAUUUUUAAAAUUUUUCGUAUAAAAUGUCCCUCUUUUUCAGUCCAAAUUAUGCCCAGUGAUAUUCUACAUAAAUUCAUCGCCAUAUGACCUACGCGAAGACCCCAAAUUUAACGAAAAUUUGAUUGUGAAAAAAUUUGCGAGCAAAAAUUUUGUGGUCGUCGUGCCUCAAUAUCGCCAAGGAAUCUUCGGCAAUCUGGACCUGGGAAGGUCGACUGGCUCCGCUCCGUAUAAUCUGCAACUGUGGGGUGAGGAAUUUUUUGUGUUUUGGAGUUUUUAGUUUUAGAGUAUGUUGCACAGUGCAAAAAUGUAGGCUUUUUUCAAUUAGAAAAUUGCACAGUGCAAAAAAAUCAAAAAAUUUUUUUGUAAAAUAGGGUUUUUGAAAAGCUUUGAAAAAUUUUCGAUGUUUUAGACAUCUUGCACUAUGCAAAAAUAAACGUUUUUCUCUAAAAAAUUGGACUGUGUGAAAAAAUCAAAAAUUAAAAAAAAAAUUUUUUGUAAAAUACGUUACUUCUUAUAAGGUUGAAAAAUUUUCCGUAUUUUAGUCGUAAAAACGCAUUUUUUUCACUUCAAAGGCACUGCACGGUGCAACCCUAUAGGGUUUUUUCAACUAAAAUUCUGCUCUGUGUAAAUCCAUAGGAUUUUUUCAACUAGAGAACUGCACUGUGCAAAAAAGUAACAAAAAUUUUUUUUGUAAAAUACGUUUUUUCUGUUCAUAUACUUUUUUAUCGUAUUUUAGACCUGAUUCAAGCCUUGGAAUGGACCAAUCAUGAGAUUGGAUCCUUUGGCGGAGCAUCGGACCGAGUUGCUUUGAUGGGUCAAGGCGCUGGAGCCGAUGACGUCAUUUAUUUGGCCACUUCGACCCGAAUCAAUCCUUCACAUUUCAAUAGAAUUAUUGUGUUUUCUGGAAUAGCCCCAAUUUUGUAUCAUCCGAGCCAAAAAAUUUCAGUCGAAGUCAGCGAAACCGUGGGGGUAAGUUGAUUUUUUCAUAUGAAGAAAAAAUUUUUGGAGAUUGUAAAAUACGAGUUAGGGCAUUCCGUCUCUUUUUUAUUGACUUGGCAUACCGUCGUAAUUUACGUUUUUUAGUUUUUGAUUUUUUUGCACAGUGCAAAUUUCUAGUUGAAACAAGCCUACGGUUUUGCACUGUGCAAAAAAUUUUUUUCUUUACUUUUUGUGAUUUUUUAAUUUUUAAAUUGUAAAAUACGAAUCUCUGAAGACCUUUUCACGACACAACCUUCCCAUAAAAACGUUUUUUUUAUUGAAAUUCAAGCUUUUUUCGAGGUUUUUUGCACAGUGCAAUUUUCUAAUUGAAAAAAGCCUACGAUUUUGCACUGUGCAAAAAAAAUUUUUUUUUAAAGUUUUUGUGAUUUUUAAAUUGUAAAAUACGAAUCUCUGAAGACCUUUGCACAGCACAAUCUUCCUAUCAAAACGUUUUUUUAUUCAAAUUUAAAACUUUUUUUGAUGUUUUUUGCACUGUGCAAUUUUCUAGUUGAAAAAAGCCUACGAUUUUGCACUGUGCAAAAUAUUUCAAUUUUUGCGGUAUUAAAAUUCUGGAAAAGGUAAAAUACGAGUUCUCCUUGCUUUGCAGCGCAUUUUCUGAAAUUUUUAUCCAAAAUUUUUGAAAUUUAAAAAAAAAAAUUUUUUUAUUUUUUAAAUUUUUUUUAUUUCCAGUGUCACAACUCUUCCUCGCUCUCGGACGAACUUCUUUGUCUUCAAAACACUUCAUUCAACACUCUAAUAUCCGCAAUUCCGUCCGGUUUUCCCCAAAAAUCAUCGCUUUUCCGCCCACAAAUCGACAAUCUCCUGAUUUACAGCGAUUUAUGGGAAAAUCCCAAGAAAUAUUUCAACUCCAAGCCCCUUCUGGCCAUCACCAACGAAUUUGAGGAUCAAAAUUUGUCCAACGAGCAGGAGGAAUGUGUCGAAAGUCUCUCUUUGUUCGGAUAUUUUUCGAAAAGUUCGCUAAACGCGUGCGAAAACUUUUUCAACGACUCGGCCGAGAUUGCAAAUUCCGCAAAAAAUGCGUUUUUCGUGCGAUUGGCAAGUGUCAAUAAACGGGAGACGUUUAUUGGAGUGACCGCGGAGGAUAUUUUCACCGAACUGGACGAUUUGGAAAGCGAAAAUUCCAGCUUCAUAAAAGAGUUUUUCCCCGAUGUAAUUAGACGAUUUGUGAUGACUGGACAACCUUAUACUGGUAGGAAUUUUUUGGGAAAAAAUUUUUUGAAAUCUCAGAAAAAAUUUUUUUGGCACAGUGCAACUUUGUAGUUGAAAAAAGCCUACGUUUUUGCACAGUGCAAAAAAAAAUUUUUUUUUGAAUUUUAUGAUUCGAAAUUUUUUCAAAUGUAAAAUACAAAUUUCUGAAGACGCUUACACAACACAACCUUCCAAUAAAAAACCUUUUUUUAUCCAAAUUUAAACUUUUUUCGAUGUUUUACGCACAGUGCAAUUUUGUAGUUGAAAAAAGCCUAUUAUUUUGCACAGUGCAAUUUCGUAGUUGAAAGAAGCCUAGAAUUUUUCACUGUGCAGAUUUUUUGAUUAGAAAAAUGAGCGUAAAUCGUCAAAAAACACUAAAAGUUUCAAUUUGAAAAAAAUAAUUUAGCACAGUGCAGAUUUUUAGUUGAAAAAAGCCUAUGUUUUCGCACAGUGCAGUUUUGUAGUUAGACAAAUAGGCACAAAUUAGGAAGUAAAUCGCGAUUUUAAGUAACACAGUAAAAUUUUCGAUUUGAAAAAAAAAAAAAAAUUUUGCACAGUGCGGAUUUUUCGUUGAUUUUUUUUUCAAAAAAUCACGUUUUUUUGGACCCAAAUUUUUUUCUCAACUCAUUUUUAUUUUCAGACUGGCCCAAGACGGACAAGGAAGGUCAAAAUUUCUACUACAUCAAGGUGGAUUUGAACUCCACUUCCAAAAUUUUCCCCUCCCCAAUAAAUAACCAACACUUUGACGAGAAUGGCGUCCAUUUUUGGCUGGACACUCUGGCCGAGGUCGAAAAAAAUUCCACCCUCUCCACGGACAAGAUUAAUUUCGAAAGUCUGCAGGGAAUUUUGCACAGUAAUGGGACCGAAAUUCGGCGAAAAAAUUGUUGCACAAGAGACAAAUUUCGAUGGCUGCCGUGGACGCGGAACCGAUGCCCGUGCUCUAAUUCAACCGAUGAUGAUGUUGGGAGUGAGUUUAAAAUUUUAGAGGCAGAAAAUUUUAUUUUUUCAAAAAAAAAAAUUUUUUGCACAGUGCAGAUUUUUAGUUGAAAAAAGCUUAUAAUUUUGCACAGUGCAAAUUUUUAGUUAAAAAAACCUAUAAUUUUGCAUUGUGCAAAAACUUUUUUUUUAAUUUUUUAAAUAUAAAAUAAAAAGUACAAAAAAAUACCCAAUUUUUGCACGGUGCGAUUUUGUAGUUUAAGAAAGCCUAGAGUUUCGCACUGUGCAAUUUCGUAGUUGAAAAAGCCUACAUUUUUGCAAAAAAUCGGGGUUUUUUUUUGUAUUUUUGAUUUUAAAUUAAAAAAAAUUUUAGCAUAGUGCAAAAUUAUAGGCUUUUUUGAACUAAAAAUUUGCACUGUGCGAAAACGUAGGCUUUUUUCUACCACGAAAUUGCACAGUGCAGAUUUUUAACUGAAAAAAGCCUAGAAUUUUGCACAGUGCAAUUUUGUAGUUCAAAAAAGCCUACAUUUUUGCACUGUGCAAUUUUGAAUGUAGUUGAAAAUGUAUUUUUUGAAAUUUUUCUACCAAAACAUUACAUUUUGAGGUCUAAAUUACAUUUCCUUUCAGCAACAACCUCUUCAACCACCCGUCAAACCACAAUUUUCGACCAUAAAAGUCAUCACAACCGAAAUUUUACCGAUUUUCCUUGGAAAAAAGGCCAUUCUCGACGAUUUGGGAGCUCGACAAGAUUUUUUGGCUCUUCUACAGUAACCUACAGUACUCCCACUACCAGAAAAAUCCCACAAACUUCAAAUUGGACCCGGUUUCGGCACUCCGAACGGCAUUCGAACACUCAAAUUUACCCCAUUAAAUUUUCAGAAGUAAUAUCUAGUACAAUAUCGCCGGAAAACCCCCAAAAUUUGGCCGAGACCACCACAAAAGCCGCUGAAAAUGCGACAGCGGUCCAAGAUACGGCUCCCAAUUACUAUGACACACUGCUUUGGACCAGAUACAUCAACUUUCUGACCUUUUUUAUCAUGAUCAUCAUGGCUGUGGGGAUCGUUGGAUUGUCCCGCCUGCUGUAUUACCAAAUGGCGGCUCGGGGCGGCGAAAGCGCCCGCAAAAAUUUGGGAGAACUCCGACAAAUUUUGACCACAACUCCGCCCCAAAAAGGAUAUGGGUUGAUCGAUGAAUGA